AUGAACGCUCAUCGGCUGGGUGAGGACUGCAGUGCCUGCUCCCUUCCAGGGCCUUUUCCAACUGGCCCAGGGGGCGUGGCCCAGGCCCUUUCUCCCAGCUAUAAAGGGACUCCUGCUGCGGUGAGGCCUUGGACCAUCGGCUGGGUGAGGACUGCAGGGCCUGCUCCCUUCCAAGGCCUUUCCAACUGGCCCAGGGGGCGUGGCCCAGGCCCUUACUUGGAACAAACUUUUGGGGAAGUGUGGGAAGUUGUUCUGCCAUUGCUUCCCGGUUCCAAGUGGUUAAUGUGUUUAAAAUGUCCUCAAGCAGUCGGUGGCAUUUUAAUUUUUUAUUCCCCCCCCCUUUUUUUGCUUUGUUGGGGCUGGGUGGGUGUGAUGGAUAUUUGGUUGGGGAUUAAUUUUAGUAUAAUUGUUCUGUUUUUGUAUUUUGGUGUUUUAAUGGUUCUGUAUAGAUUGUGUUUUGUUUUUAAGGGGCGGGAUCAGGGCUGCCUGGGAGUGGCUCCCCAGCCAACACGAUGGCUGGGACAAGUUCCACAGGGGGGGAAGCACUGGGACAUCCGAUCCCGGUGAUCAUGGGCAGGAGGAGGAGUUACGCUAAGACCAGACCAUGUCAUUACCGAGGAGGCAGCUUUAGUCGUUGUUUGAAGACUAUCCCUGCCUCUGGGUCUGGCCUUGACCGGAUGGAUACUGGAAUCAACAGGGAAACCCACAUGACCUGAAGGUGGUCCCACCUCCCUGCAGAGGGGAAGGGUCGCGGAGAAGUCCAGUUGCACCAGGAAGUGAUCUGACCAUGGCACUUCUUUUGUUUCACUUUUACUUAGUGUCAGAUCACUAGAGGUGGGACCAAUUCGGACGGUCCGCCCCCGCCACUUAAUGGAUCCAAAUGGUUUCCAGAGAGUGGAGGGGAUGCUUUAUCCCAUGUUGAUGGCCUUUCAGCUGAUUCCCUGGUGGCCUGCUGGAAUGCGGAGUUAACCAGGGCUAUCAACUGUCUGGCUCUGAAGCACCCUCUCCGAUUGCAUGGAGCCUGGACAGCCCCGUGGUUUUCUUCGGAGCUGAGGGCAAUGAAACAAUCGCUGAGACGGCUAGAGCAUCGGUGGCAGAAAACUCAUUCCGAAUCUGACCGGACACAGGUUAGAGCUCAACGUCGAGCCUACCAAGUGGCGAUAGCAACAGCGAAGAAGACUUUCUUCACCGCCUCUAUUGCAUCUGCAGAAAAUAGUAGCAGGAGACUCUUUCAGGUGGUCCGCAAUUUAACGGAACCACCUUUACCACCGGGGCCUUGUAAAGACCCCAAGAUCUCCUGCAACAAUUUUGCAAAGUUUUUUGCAGAUAAAAUCACUCAUAUUCGGAAGGAGCUAGACACCACCGUGGGAGCAGGGCUGGGGCGGGAGAGUGCUAGAGCCCUGUCUGGUCAAGUUGCAUGGAAUCAGUUUCAAUCCGUUACCUCCGAGGGUGUGGACAGGCUGCUUGGACGCGUGAAACCAACCACCUGUCUCCUUGAUCCUUGCCCAUCCUGGCUAAUAAAAGCAAGCCGGGAAGGGCUGAGCGAUGGGCUCUGCGGGGUGGUGAAUGCUUCCCUCUGUGAGGGAACAUUCCGAGAUCCGCUGAAAGAGGCGGUCAUUAAACCGCUUCUUAAAAAAACAUCUUUAGACCCAGCCAGUAUGGCCAACUAUUGCCCAGUCUCAAAUCUUCCAUUCUUGGGCAAGGUGAUUGAGCGCAUGGUUGCUGAACACCUCCAGGCACGCCUGGAGGAUGCGGACCAUUUGGAUCCCUUCCAAUCGGGAUUCAGGCCUCAUCAUGGGACUGAAACUGCCUUUGUCGCGCUGGUUGGGGAUCUCCGGCGAGCUAGGGACAAAGGUGAGAGCUGUUUCCUAGUUCUGCUGGAUCUCUCAGCGGCCUUUGAUACAAUCGACCAUAACAUCCUUCUGGACCAUCUAGAGGGGCUGGGAGCUGGGGGCACUGUUAUACAGUGGUUUCGCUCCUUCCUCCUGGGCCGCGUUCAGAAAGUGGUGGGGGGGGAUGAGUGUUCAGACCCCUGGACCCUCACUUGUGGGGUGCCUCAGGGUUCCGUCCUCUCCCCCCCCAUGCUUUUUAACAUCUAUAUGAAGCUGCUGGGAGAGAUCAUCAGGGGGGUUUGGGCUGGGUGUCCAUCAAUAUGCAGAUGAUACCCAGCUCUACCUCUCCCUCAAAUCAGAACCAGUGAAGGCAGUGAAGGUCCUGUGUGAGUGCCUGGAGGCGGUUGGAGGAUGGAUGGCGGCUAAUGGAUUGAGGUUGAAUCCUGACAAGACAGAAGAACUGUUUUGGGGGGACAGGGGGCGGGCUGGUAUGGCGGACUCCCUGGUCCUGAAUGGGGUAACUGUGCCCCUGAAGGACCAGGUGCACAGCCUGGGAGUCAUUUUGGACUCACAGCUGUCCAUGGAGGCGCAGGUCAAUUCUGUAUCCAGGGCAGCUGUCUACCAACUCCACCUGGUAUGCAGGCUGAGACCCUACCUGCCCGCGGACUGUCUCACCAGAGUGGUGCAUGCUCUGGUUAUCUCCCGCUUGGACUACUGCAAUGCGCUCUAUGUGGGGCUACCUUUGAAGGUGACCCGGAAACUACAACUAAUCCAGAAUGCAGCAGCUAGACUGGUAACUGGGGGCGGCCGCCGAGACCACAUAACACCGGUCUUGAAAGUCCUACAUUGGCUCCCACGACGUUUCCGAGCACAAUUCAAAGUGAUGGUGUUGACCUUUAAAGCCCUAAACGGCCUCGGCCCAGUAUACCUGAAGGAGCGACUCCACCCCCAUCGUUCUGCCCGGACACUGAGAUCCAGCACCGAAGGCCUUCUGGCGGUUCCCUCAUUGCGAGAAGCAAAGCUACAGGGAACCAGGCAGAGGGCCUUCUCGGUAGUGGUGCCCGCCCUGUGGAACGCCCUCCCAUCAGAUGUCAAAGUGAUAAACAACUACCUGAUAUUAGAAGACAUCUUAAGGCAGCCCUGUUCAGGGAAGUUUUUAAUGUAUGAUUUUAGUGUAUUUUUGGUUUCUGUGGAAGCCGCCCAGAGUGGCUGGGGAAACCCAGCCAGAUGGGCGGGGUACAAAUAAUAAAUUAUUAUUAGUAUUAGUAUUAGUAUUAGUAUUAGUAUUAGUAUUAUUAGUAUUAUUAGUAUUAUUAGUAUUAUCUCUGCCUGAGGUUGAUCAUGGAUCUCUGCUUGCGCUUCCACGCGUAUAGGUCCCCAUCAUGCUCUUGAUCCUGGUCUUCGUCCACAGACCGGGUCUUCACAUUGUUUUCAUCCUUGUCCAAUGCAUCGGCAUCAAAGUUACCCAAUGUGCUUGUAGUGAAGGCCAGCAGCAUUACAGCUAGCAGGAUGGGCCAAGACUUCAUGAUAGGUCAGAUGCACAGUGUUCUACAUUGACUGAAAGGAAUAGAAGAGUGAAAGAGCUGUCCUGCGUCUAAUCUGAAUUUACCCAAUUUUUAUUACAGGUAUGGAGCAUUAUGAGGUUCGUCAUGGUUGUUCAGGUCCCAAGGAGAUGCCUAAGGCUUAUCACCUUCUUGUUGUUCCAAUCUCCAGGCUGCUCAAAGACUUUUGAAGAAAAGCAUUGCUGCACCUAUUGAGGAGGUACAUUCACUUUCCAUCAGUGCCAUUCAGGAGUAAAGCAUCACUGCAGCAGAAACAGUUUGCAAGUUUUUUAAAGAGUUUGGUUGGUUGCUGAUGGGGAGUGACCAACAUACCGGUUCAUGCAGUUAACCAAGCCUAACUUAUAAUGUCCACCCAUCCAUAUCCCUUCUCCACUAUCCAGGUUUGAAGAUGUGGCUCUCUGAUUAUCCUUACUCUGAAAAUGACUGACUUGGAGCUUCGCCGGAUCCACAGACAUGCAGGAGGAUGUGAAUCAGCUCUGGGCGCUUUUUAGGAAUUGCAGACAGCUCUCUCAGAGGGGGUUCAUCCACCGGAGAGGAAAGCUUCCCCAGCCCUCUUAGGCCUUCAGAUGCCUCUAGCCCUUUUCUGAAGCAACAUCUUCCAUGUCCCAUGGACCCACGGGGAGAUGGUCAGGAUCCUGAUUUCCCUCACUUUACCAGCCUCUUGUAAUUGCUCCCACCUCUGGGGUGAGUGCCAAGUCACGGUUGAGCAGUAUAGCACUUUUUCAGCCCUUUAGACUUUUGCAGUAUAGCAAAUGCAGUCAAUACUGUCCCCUCCAGAUGCAUUGGAGGAAAGCUCUCUGCUUCCUUGGCCUUGUGUGUCUCCCAUGUAGCCUCUCCUGCUCUACCACUGGCCAGGAGUAUGUGACUGCAGAAUCAGCUUUGAGUUGUUAGGAUUGCAGAUGAGUCUUCCAGGAGGGCAGAAAUGCUUAAGGAGAAAAAAUUGCCAGACUUCAUAAGCAGUAAGAAGACACUGGACCUUUGCUGAGAUGACGUUAACCAUAGUUCAGCUCAGCAGCUGUGAGCUGUCGAGGGUUUUGAUUUGCUCUUAUGCACUAGCCUCUCCAGCUAUGGAAUAUCAGUCGGAGAGUCGGCAUGUCAUGAAGCAUGAGAUGUGUCCAGAACUUGCUCCUGAAUUCCAAGACACAAGUCUUGCUGCUUCAGAUGGUGUUUAAUGACCAGGGUAUAUCACCAACCCUUCAUACAUGUACACUGCCACCACUCCUUAAACCCAAAUAGCUUGGGACAGGAAACUCCAAGGCUUUAGUGGACAACAUGGAGAUUCAAAAGGAUCAGCAGAUAAAACUCAGACUCUCUGCUUCCUGAGAACCAGGUUAACCAAAUGCAGAGUGGCAUAUCACCAUGAGCCUAGCAAUGUAUUUAUUAUCAAGCAUUUACCUUCACUAAAAAGCCACCAAAUGGAGGGAGGUAGAAUAAUUAAUAAAACGAUGAGAAGGGCAACAUGCAAGUUAGAAAAUACAAUACAGAAGUAAAUUAGAAACCCGAAUGAAGAUAAGAGUCUACAGAGAACUUGCUGGAUCAGGCCAAUCCUUUGGGGAGCCUGCAAACAGAAUCAGAACAUAAGAGCACUCUCCACUCAUGUAGUCUUCUCAGGGCAUGUAGAGUUGAGCAUGAACAUAGGUGAAUAUUAAACAGCUCCCAUUGAGGCCCUCGUUGCGUGGCAAAUCCCCUCUCCCCUUGUGAAAUGAAGACACAGGACAUGUUAUUUAAGGUUAAUGGGCGUAAAAGGCCACAACUUACAGUGGUGCCCCGCAAGACGAAUGCCUCGCAAGACGGAAAAACCGCUAAACGAAAGGGUUUUCCGUUUUGAAGUUGCUUCAUAGGACGAAUUCCCCUAUGGGAUUGCUUCGCAAGACGAAAAUACCUUACGAGUCUUGAGAUUUUUUUCGCUUUUCCCCCUUUAUCUAAUCUGCUAAGCCUUUAAUAGCCUUUAAUAGCCUUUUAGCAGCUAAUCCCUAAGCCUUUAAGCCUUUAAUAGCCGCUAAACCGCUAAUAGCGCUAAUAGCGCUAAUCCGUCAAUGGGCUUGCUUCGCAAGACAGAAAAAACCGCUAGACGAAGACUCUCGCGGAGCGGAUUAAUUUCGUCUUGCGAGGCACCACUGUAAUUGAUUACAGGAAUUGAGAGGUAUUGGCCUUAGGCAUUGGUUCCUAUCAAAUACCCGGCAUGGAGACCGGGGAGGGUUAACCACUAGCCGGGGAGUCCUGCUGAAGUACGCCAGCUAGGAGCCCCCGGGUGCCCCCGCUAGGGGGUGUGCCUUCGGCCCACACCUCCGUAGGCUUAGGACAGGGCAAUGCCCCCCGGAGUCCUUUACUGGACUACCCUUCGCUUUGGGGGAAGGUGACAGCGCUUCCUUCCCCCCUUCAUUUGCAUAACAAUUACCCCUGCCAAUGCCUAACCGCCAAUACCGGGAAGUUGUGACGUUUGCUACGAGGUAGGCGAAAAAACCAAUUGGCUGGAAAUUUGCCAAGUGGAAAAAUUCCUACCAGGCCCCUUGCGGCGACCAACCAAAGUCCAUAGCAAGGUCAAAGCUAGCUAAACCUAAGGGAGGGUGGGAUGGGAAACCGAAUCAGCUGGAACGGGGAAGAGAGGAGGAACCCUGGGCGCGCCAGCCUUAAAUGCGUUAGGCCACGCCUCCCCGGCCUGCCGAUUGGCUGGCCGGGUCGGUGACGCACCCGAGGAUUCCCCUGCUCUCGUGGGGGCUAUGAGCCAGCCCCCGCGUGCGUGGGGAGGGGAUGGGCCCGCAACCCCACCUCCUCCUCAGCUCGGAAGUGGCUUUCUACCACUAGUGUGAUAUGUGGGUGAAGCCCACAUAGCGUUGGCGCCUAUGCUGGGUACAAGCAGCGGGGCAAGUGGAAGUGUGAAGCAACAGCAUUUAUACUACAAAAGAAACACACAGCCUAUGAUACAGCAUGACUAGAUUUUAGAGGAGAAUUGGUGAGUCUUUUAUUCCUAUUGUCUAAGUCUCUGCUCACUCCCAGAAUGCAAACUUCAAAUAAUAUUGUUUCACUUUCUGGUUUAAUUGUGGCUUAGCAUUAUCUAGUUUUCCUUUCUCGAUCCUCCCCAGGGCUUUAAGAUUACAGUGGUACCUCGGCUUACAUACGCUUCAGGUUACAUACGCUUCAGGUUACAGACUCCGCUAACCCAGAAAUAGUGCUUCAGGUUAAGAACUUUGUUCCAGGAUGAGAACAGAAAUCGUGCAGCGGCGGCGCAGCGGCAGCAGGAUGCCCCAUUAGCUAAAGUAGUGCUUCAGGUUAAGAACAGUUUCAGGUUAAGAACAGACCUCCAGAACAAAUUAAGUUGUUAACCCGAGGUACCACUGUAUUAGGGAUGAAACACUUUAGGAGGAAGAGAAAAUUGAAUUAAAACGGACAGGGAUCUGCUUCUCAGUCAUGGAAUCCCAUCCGUCUAACACUGGCAAAUUUAAAAGGCCCCCAGAAUGAAAAGCAGGCUCUGGGACUUUUCAGUUGGCAUCACAGAUGCACUGCUUGGUGUCUCAGAGGUGGACACAUCAAGCAUAUAGGGACAGAAGUGGGUUUAUGCCACAAUAACUGUUACAGAAGCAAGUCCUGCUGAUUCCCAUGGGGCUCAAUCCCUGAUCCUGGCAAGCGGAUAUGGGAUUAAAAUUGCUCCAAAGAAUCUUUCAGUCCUGGGUGGGAGGAAUAUUUCCACCACAUCUCCCCAAGCCCAGUUGCUUGUUCCUUUCUGCAUCUUCUUUUCAAGUAUACGGCAUAAGACGGAAGGAUAUCAAGUGGGCUAGCAUGCAGGAAAUAGAGAGUGGGCUAGGAACUGGGGGAGAAAGUCAUCUCCAGAGUCUAGGAAUGAGGGUAGGGUCACGUCCUCAAGCCAAGAUAGUGGAGGAAUAGGGGUACUGAGGACAUUGUAAUGUGGAUGUUGCAGACAUAAUAAACCAUGCUUGGUCCAUAGCAUGUGUCAGUGUGCUGAUCAGCCCACACCAGUAAACAACCAAGCUCAUCAUGCAACGUCCAUGUUCUCCCUCCUGGGUUAGGUAAAGGGACCCCUGACCAUUAGGUCCAGUCGUGACCGGCUCUGGGGUUGCGGCGCUCAUCUCACUUUAUUGGCCGAGGGAGCCAGCCUACAGCUUCUGGGUCAUGUGGCCAGCAUGACUAAGCUGCUUCUGGCGAACCAGAGCAGCGCAUGGAAACGUCGUUUACCUCCCCGCCAGAGUGGUACCUAUUUAUCUACUUGCACUUUGAUGUGCUUUCGAACUGCUAGGUUGGCAGGAGCUGGGACCGAGCAAUGGGAGCUCACCCCGUCAUGGGGAUUCGAACCGCUGACCUUCUGAUCGGCAAGUCCUAGGCUCUGUGGUUUAACCCACAGCGGCACCCGUGUCCCUGGGUUACUGAACCUAUUCAUGGUACCGUUGAAACACUAAUGUGCCUCUUAAAUACACAGAGGAAAGUAUAUUCCUUUUUUCAAAAGUCAUCAUACAGCCAGGAAGUCGGAACAACCAUGAGGUGAUAAGCAUCAAAGAUCACACUGGGAUCUGAAAAACUGCCACAUGCCUCAUGACUUAGUGCAGAGGUUCCCAAACUUUUUUGGGGGGGGGCACUCACUGUUCCAUAAACACAUACCCAGUGUCCCCUACUCUAUGGAAAGCAUUUGUGUCUACAGCACUUCUUUGUUGCUGAGCCUGCCCUAGGGGAGAAGAAAAUGACGGGCGAGUUGUGAAUUAUGCGAUUCAGGCAUGGAUAUAAGAAAUUGUGAAAUUCAGGAAGGGUACUGACGCAGAACAGAAUGAACUGGAGGAACAGUCAAAGAAGAGAACAGAGGAAAGACCACUCUGCCUUGGGAAGAAGCACACUGUUCUCCACGUCAGCACAAGAUGGCUAAUUGUCCUCCCAAAUGACACUUGGUCUUAGUCCAGGAACACAAGACAACAAAUCAUAGCCACAAAUCCCCCCAGUUCAGACCACUUGGCUAUUUAAACCAGCCCAAUGUGGGUUCUUCUGCACAGGACUUCGGUUGGCUUCUCCAAGAGCGAACGUCUUCUCAUCCCUGGAGACAAAGACCACUAGCUUGGUAAGAACAUCAUUUUCUUCUUGACUGCAGCAGUUAGAUCAAGCCCAGUGCUGUUCUGACUAUUACCCAGAAAUAUCUGGGGAAAGAAAUUGCAGUUAAAAAUGAUCAAAGGGAAGAGAAAAUGUUGGUCAAAAACUCCAGGAUUCUAGGGCACCGAAGGGGUGUUUGCGAGUGUCCUUACUUUAAUUCUGCAAAGGAUUUUAAUGUGCGACUUUAUAUAUAAUUGUCUUUAAAUGUUAUAUUUCUAUUUAAAUAUAUGCAAGCAUCUUUUUGUUGAAUGGUUUCUUUAAAUGUAAAGGUUCAUCACUGUUCCACCCGAUGUGUAUGUCUUUAAGGGGCCAAAGCAAGGGCCAGAGCAAGAUAAUGAGACCCAGCGUUACAGCUGUGAAACAUAGCAGGUGCUGCCGAGUUGUACUGAUUAAGCUGUGUUGGCAAUUGGGUGUAGUAUAUAAGGAGCAGCACCUAGCUCUCCCAUUACCCUGGGGGAUGGGUUAUGUUUGUUUGUUAAUGUAUUUAGUGUAAAAGGAGUUUUUGUUUUUCUUAUUAAAACCUUGUUUAAAUUAUUUUUGAGUCCCUUUUUAAUGCAUGGUCUCCCCAGCAAGCUCUCUGCAGCGCUACCAUACUGCAAAAAGCCAACACUUUUUAAAGUUUGCUUUUCUUGAUCCUUUUUAACGAAUGAUUUUAGAUGGUCCAUUAUUAACAGCUUCCAUGUGUUCUGUGGAGUCAAUGGUAUCUAAAUCAAAGUGGUGGUCUGCACUCUGCAGCCUUUUCAUUUUCCUUUACUUCCUCCAAUCUCCUGCCUUACAUUCCCCUUGUAAGCAGGGCAAGGUGGGGGUGGGCAGUCACUUGGGGACUGUUCAUCACUUAAUUCUUUCAGUGAAGAAACUCUAUGUUCCUGAGAACAAGGCAGAAACAAAGAGAACCCUCUUUCUCAGGGAGGUGGGGAGAUGUUCCUAUUCGGGUUUGGAGGGACAGCUUAGAGACAGCAUCAAGGGAACUUGCCAGCACACCAGGAAGAGGGGUCAAGACAACCACAGGCGGAUAAAUUGGUAAUAUUUAAUAAAUGUAACUUGAGGAUCUGCAAAACAAACUAGUUAGUCAGAUUCAACCAAUGUAAACAAAUCUAAUAAAGUCCGGGCAGAUGUCCAUUAAUAGAUGGGGGUCACACAGCACAUACUGCCUCUCCCACGGAGGACCUUAAGGUCCAUAAAUAGCAACACCCUAGAGGUCCCAGGCCCUAAGGAAGUUAAAUUAGCCUCAACCAGAGCCAGGGCUUUCCCAACACUGGCUCCAGCCUGGUGAAACGCUCUGUCUCAUGAGACCAGGGCCCUGCAGGAUCUGAUUUCUUUCCGCAGGGCCUGUAAGACAGAGUUGUUUCACCUGGCCUUUGGAUUGGAGUCAAUUUGAUUCCCUCCCCCUCUUUCUUUUUUCCUUUCUCCUCCUUUGAUGAGGCUGCAUUUUAAUGUUUCAAUGUUGUAUUUUAAUCUUGUUUUUAAGUUGUAUUCAUUCAACUUGUUUUUAUUAUUGCUUAUUAGCCGCCCUAACCCGGCCUUGGCUGGGGAAGGCGGGGGUAUAAAUAAAAAUUACUAUUAUUAUUAUUAUUAUUAUUAUAUUGUGCAUGCAGUGAGGUUUCCUGUGAUUCCUUCCUUCCUGCUGCAAGGACCUUUGGUUUAAAAACCAAAGAGUCAUACCAUGGCCCCAUUGGGCAGCUUACACCCCAAUGUGUCCAUCAAGCCAAAGGGCACCGGCAGCACCCACAGACCAUGUCUGACAACAGUGCCUAAAGGAUGCCCACAACCCAACACUGUCUCAAGUAAGUGUUUCUUUCUUUCUGAAAUCUUCUCACCUGCCCAGACUACAUGCCAAUUAGCCCACAUUCUGCCCAUAUAUGAGGAAUAAUAAUAAUAAUAAUAAUAAUAAUAAUAAUUUCCCCAGCCACUCUGUGCGGCUCCUAACAGAAUAUUAAAAACAUGAUAAAACAUCAAACAUUAAAAACUUCCUUAAACAGGGCUGCUUUCAGAUGCCUUCUAAAAGUCAGAUAGUUGUUCAUUUCCUUGACAACUGAUGGGAGGGCAUUCCACAGGGCGGGCGCCACUAUCAAGAAGGCCCUCUGCCUGGUUCCCUGUUACUUUGCUUCUCGCAGUGAGGGAACCACCAGAAAUCCCUUGGAGCUGGACCUCAGUAUCUGGGCUGAAUGAUGGGGGUGGAGACGCUCCUUCAGGUAUAUAGGGUUGAGGCCUUUUAGGGCAUAUGCUCUAAGUUUUAUUCUAAAUCACUUCCUCAUAUGUUCUGUGACAUUAACCUUUUGUGAUAUGACUCUAAAUGUUGUUGUAGAUAUUGCUCUCAUUGCCUCUGUUGUUCCGUGUUUAUUGCAUGUUUUCUUUUUUCUUUUUUAAUAAUUUUUUAUUAAAGUUUUAAACAAACAAAAAAGAAAAACAACACACACAAAAAACAAUACAAAACUUAACAAUAUAAACACAAAACAAUUAAUAACAAACUCUCUUUUCCAUUUCCAAUUGUAAAUUACUUAUUUUCUGGACUUCCUCAUACCUCCCUCUUUUGUAUUCCAAUCCACAUUAUUUAUCCAGCAGUUUCUUUUCCACUUUUUUAAUCCCAAUCUUUAAUUUAAUAAAAUGUUAAAAUAUAUAACUUCAACUUCAUCAUAGCCGAUUUUACCGUUUCAUCUUGAGUAUUCCAUUUCAGCAGCAAGUUAUACAUUCUUGACAAAUUCUUAGUAUUGGGUUCUAACAAUUCUGUUUCUAAUUUGGAUCUUUCCACCUGGAAGCCAAUUUUCCUGUCCAAUUUAAAUACCUCCAUUAUUUGAUAAUAAUGAAGCCAGUCUCGCACUUUGUUUUUAGUUUUUCAAAACUCUGCAAUUUCAGUCUAUCUCCGUCUUGUUCCAAAAUUUCCCAAUAUUUCGGCCAUUUGACCUCCAUAUUGACCUUUUUCAAGGCUUUCGCUUCCAUUGGUGACAGCCACCUUGGGGUUUUAUUUUCUAACAAAUCCUUAUAUCUUAUCCAAACAUUAAACAGCGCUUUCCUGACAAUGUGGUUUUUAAAUGCUUUAUGUGCUUUGACCUUAUCAUACCAUAAAUAUGCAUGCCAUCCAAAUACAUUAUUAAAACCUUCUAGAUCCAAAAUGUCAGUGUUUUCAAGAAGUAGCCAUUCUUUCAACCAGCAAAAGGCUGCUGAUUCAUAGUACAGUUUAAGGUCUGGCAGGGCAAAUCCACCUCUUUCCUUUGCAUCCGUUAAUAUUUUAAAUUUUAUUCUGGGUUUCUUGCCCUGCCAGACAAAUUUAGAGAUAUCUUUCUGCCACCUCUUGAAACAAUCCAUUUUGUCCACGAUCUGCAAAGUUUGAAACAAAAACAACAUUCUGGGCAAUACAUUCAUCUUUAUCGCAACAAUACGGCCUAGCAGUGAAAGCUUCAAAUUUGACCAAAUUUCUAAAUCUUUUUUCACUUCUGACCAACAUUUUUCAUAAUUAUCUUUAAAUAAAUUCCCAUUUUUUGCUGUCAUGUUAAUCCCCAAGUAUUUAACUUUCUUAACCACUGUUAAACCUGUCUCAUUCUGAAACCUGUCUCUUUCAAACGGUGUUAAAUUUUUCUCUAGAACCUUGGUUUUUGACUUGUUCAAUUUAAAUCCUGCCACUUGACCAAAUUCUUGAAUCAGUUCUAAAACCCUUUUUGUACUAGAUUCUGGCUCCUGUAACGUCAAUACUAAGUCAUCUGCAAAUGCUCUCAAUUUGUACUGUUUUGCUCCAACCUGUAUACCUUUAACCAGCUGGUCCCUUCUAAUCAUGUUCAGCAAAACCUCCAGGACCGAAAUAAAAAGUAGUGGGGAAAUUGGGCAACCUUGUCGUGUCCCUUUUUCAAUUUUCAGUUCUUCCGUCACAACAUUAUUUACAAUUAGUUUAGCCUUUUGUUCUGAAUAAAUUGCACUUAUACCAUUCUCAAAACCUUGGCCUACCCCCAUACCCUGAAGAUUCUUCUUCAUAAAAUUCCAAGAAAUAUUGUCAAAGGCUUUCUCCGCGUCUACAAAUAUCAACACUGCUUUAGUGUUUAUAUUCACUUCUAAUUUCUCCAAAAUAUCAAUUAUAUUCCUCAAAUUAUCCGACAAAUGUCUUCCUGGGAGAAAGCCUGCUUGGUCUUUAUGAAUCUCUUCCAACAGCACUUUUUUAAAUCUCUUCGCCAAAAUAUCUGCAAAAAUUUUGUAAUCCACAUUAAGUAAUGAUAUAGGGCGGUAGUUCUUAAGUUGUGUCUUUUCAAUCUCUGUUUUUGGUACAAGUGUAAUAUAUGCUUCUUUCCACGACUCUGGUGCCCUCUUCCCCUCCAUAAUUUCGUUGCAGACCUCUUUCAAAGGUUGAAUUAACCAUUCUUUUAAAGAUCUGUAGUAUCUAGAGGUCAAGCCGUCUGGUCCUGGAGACUUACCCAAUUGCAUGUUUUGAAUGGCACCUUCUAAUUCCUGUUCAGUUAUUCUGUCAUUCAAAAUUAGUCUCUUUUCUUGAGAUAUUUUUUGUAGUCCAUUUGUUUUCAAAAAUUGGUCUAAAUCUGUUUCUUUCACUGGCCCUUGAGUAUAUAGUCUUUUAAAAUACUUCUGGAAACAACUUCUAAUCUCCGCAGGGUUCUGUAUAUUCCUUCCUUCCACUUCUAAAUUCGUAAUCGUAUUUAGUUUUUGUCUCUUUUUCAUUUGCCAUGCCAACAAUUUACCACAUUUAUUGGCCGAUUCAAAAGUCUUUUGUCUCAUUUGUUUAAUUUUCCAUUCUAUUUCCUGAUUCAUUAUUUUCAUAUAUUGUACUUGAUAUAACUUUAACUCUCUCAGAAUCUCUUGAGAUUUGGGAUUUACUCUCAGUCUUUUUUCACAUUCAUUCAUUUUGUUCAUAAUUUUAUCCUUCUUCUCAUUUUGAGUUCUUUUCUUUAUCGCAUUCUGUUGUAUUAAGAACCCUCUCAUAACAGCUUUACUUGCGUCCCAGAUUACUCUUUUCUCCACGUUGGAACUAAGAUUUAUCUCGAAGUAAUCUCUUAGGGUUUUUAGGGCCUUCUUAAGAAAUUCUUCAUCUCUAAAUAAGGUGUCAUUCAUCUUCCAUCUGAAGGAGCCAGUUGGUGUUAGUCUCAUUUCCAUCUUAACAGCAUUAUGGUCGGAGCAAAUUUUCGGGCAGAUUUCCACCUUUCUUGUCUUUGGUGCCAUUCCUCUAGUUAUCCAAAUUUGGUCAAUUCUUGUCCAAGUCAUUUUGGCUUCAGAAAAGAAAGUUCCCUCUUUUGCCAAGGGGUUUCUAAUUCUCCAAAUAUCCACUAAGUCCAAGUUGUCUGUCAUGUCAAAAACGGUUUUCGGUAGUCUACCAUCUUUGGUGACUACCUGUCUUUGUGCCUUGUCCAUAUAAGUAGAUAUCACUCCAUUCAUAUCUCCCAUCAAAAUCAUGUUGUAAUCCAUAUGGUCCAUCAAGGUCUCAUGCAACUUCUUAAAAAAAUCAGAUUUCCCAUCAUUUGGUGCGUAAACUCCUACAAUCAAAAAUUUUUCUCCUUGUGUUUGAAUUUCAAUUGCCACAAAUCUUCCUUGGUCAUCUUUAAAAACAAAUUUUGGUGAUAAAUUGUCUUUUGCGUAGAUCACAACCCCUCUCUUUUAACUUUAUCUGACGAAAUAAAUUCCUGACCAAGUCUUUUAUUUAUCAACAAUUUCCUGUGUAAUCUUGUUAUGUGUGUUUCUUGUAAACAAAUUAAGUCCAAUUGUUCCUUUUUUAAUAUAUGAAAUACUGACUUCCUUUUCUGAGGGGAAUUCAAACCCCGACAGUUCCAUGUUAAAAGUUGCAGGGCCAUGAUGUUAUUGUUUUAGUUCUCCUCCUACUGCACCUAGUGCCUGUUCCUCAUCCGUCGGUGGUAUCCCUUCUUUCGAAAGGUCUUUUGGUUCCGGAAAUAGUUCUUUUUGUAGGUCUUCUCCGUGGUCUCUACAAAAUUUGUCUUUGUCGUCUUCCGAUCUUAUUUUCCUCUUCUUUCCUUUGUAGCUAAAAGACAGGCCUUGAGGGAGUUCCCACCUGAAAUUGAUAUUGUUCCUUCUCAGCAGGGUAACCAAGUCUUUAUAUUUUGAUCUGAGAUCCAGAAGAUAUUUCGGAAUAUCUUUGAAUAUUUCCACUCUCGUCCGAUGGAUUUCCAGUGUCUUCUUGAAAUGUAGGCCCAAAAUCUUAUCCCUCUCUUCUUUUGUUCGAAAAGUAAUCAGACAGUCUCUCACCUUCUUCUCUCCUCUUCUCCCGAGUCUGAAAGCGUUUACUAUUCUGAAACUGUCUUUUACCAGUUCUGGAUCCCAAAAGUCCAAAAAUUCCUGCGUGAGAAAUUCAGCUAGAUUGUCCUUUUCCACCUCAGGUACCGAUUUGACCCGCAGAUACACUUGCUUUUCCUUCAAAUCUAUCAUAGACAGGGUUAAUUUAUGGUCUUCCAAUUGUUUGUGCAGUGUUGGUAAUUCCUCUUGAACCUCUUUAACUUCAGUAGCAGAAGUUGUAGCAAUUUCUUUAGCCUCUUCAGCAAUCUGGCGUAUUGAGGCCAAUUCCUCUAAUAAUUUCUGAAUAGUCUCUGUGUUAGUAUUUACUUUUUGGCCCAAAUUAUUUAUACUUGCUGUAUUCUGGUUAAUACUUGCUGUAUUCUGGUUAAUACUUGCUGUAUUCUGGUUAAUACUUAUUGUAUUUUGAUCAAUCUUAUCAAAUGCCUCUGCUACUUGUUGACUUAUUCUAUUCAAAGAUUCAUUAACUUUGGCCAAAACUUGAGCAAAGGCUUCCUCACUUGUCGUGCUUUUUACCUUUAACUGUGCCGAUGAGGCUGUUGUUGAGGUUCCAGAAGGGCCUGAGGCCGAAGAUCUCCUUUGUAAUCCUUCUUCUGUGCGAAUAGGCCUUCCCGACCUUGUAGUCAAUGCAUCCGCUUUCUCUUUCCCAUCUGCCAUUCCUUUAGAUAAUGCUCAAGGUCAGUCACGUAUUUGAAAUUGAACAGUGGAAAUUUCCUGCCAAGCAGUGUGAGAACUCCUCAAGUCUGCUACAGUUUCAGUUGUAACAAAUUGUAACAGUUCCAAGUUCCACUAGGGGGACACUGUAACAGUCAUAAAAGUUCUUGGAUACUUUAAUUUCUUUCUUUUUUUAAGCCCCCCUAGUUUAUUCAGGAAGAAAACAGUCUAUUCACAAAUUUUAACUUAGGACCAGGAGAUAUAUAUUCACAUAAAUUGUCCAAACUUUUAUUUCUUGUGCAGGACUAGCUGUCAAAAUAUAUUACAAGACAGUACCUCUCUUUCUUUCCUGAGAUCUGGAGAUCCUUUCCCAGGGAAUUGAGUGGUGGUUCAAUCCCUUCUUUUCCACUCUUUAUGAAGAAAUCACAUCCACAAUUCUCCCCCCUUUUCCCUCAAUUUAGAGAGGGAAAAGUCCAGGUUGGAUGAUUGGAUUAAAGUCCGCUAAAACGUACUUUUCAAUUGCUUCCGCUUUCAAGUUCAAUGCUUUAUUUUAUCUACAAAGAAAGAGGUUGACUUCCUUUUUAAACCUCUUUCCGUUUUCGGCCAGAUUCCAGUUUUGUACAGUUCCAAUUUAGAUUGUAUCCUACUCACGGAUCGUUGAUUUUCAGGUCCGGAUUUUUAAGGAAGAAAGGCAGCGCUCUCCGGUCAACUGCUUGCGGCUUCACACCACGAACGAGCAGACAGCCCACAGCACAGCGCACUCCCCCGCUCCGCUUUCAAGCCCGUUGCCGGGCUUCUUACCGGGUUGGGGGGGGGCGCCAAAUGUGCCCGCUGGGUCCCAGGUUCACAGGCUUCCCCCGCCUGUGAUUUUUGAGGGUCCCCCGCUGCGCCGAAGCGGGAUCCGACCCUUUUUUUCGUAGCGCUGAUUCCCUCUAACUGAGGGAAUCCGCCAUCGACCGCUGGCGCCACCUCCGGAAGUCUGUGUUUAUUGCAUGUUUUCUAAAGGUCAGAAAAAAUAUAAUCAUGGUCCCCCCUUUUCCUUUCUGUCUAUCCAAAGCGAGCACCAGUUCCAGCUCCAUCCAUCAUGAAGCAUCUUCUGAUCUUGCUGUCUCUUCUGGCUCUCAUGAGCUGCACAAGGGCCCAACGCGUGGAAUGCACAGGCCCAGCUAACUGUUUUGAGAGUGCUGUAAGUAUCCUGCUGUUCAAACAACCAUUCCCAGGAUUCAGAGGCAAUAGGAGUGGAGAGAGUGGAAUAGCUGUUCAAUUGUUUUUAAAAAUGUACUGGUGAUACGUUGUCAAGAGGUUAAACCGCAUCCCUUUUUACUUCUAGGGCAGAAGAAUAUGUCGUUGUCAGAGCUCAAUUGGCAUCAUAGAUACCGUCAGCGCGGGUAAAAGAGGUUGGUAUGGACUUUUCUGUUCAUCCCAAGUGCUCCUGUUCUUUUAACUGUGGUGCAGUGGACAAGAAUUGAGCAGCUGUAGCUUCCCUAGCAAGGAAGUAUCCAUGAUGGGACGUUAAUGACCUGCUAGAUGUCUUUUGCUCAGAUAUUAGAGAGCAUGAAUGUUGUUCUAGGAAGAUGAGAAGGCAAUCAGUAGAGAACCCGGAAGGGUUUUGGAGGAGGGCAAUGAGCAUGAGCAGAGACCUCAGAAACACGCCCUAGGAGGAAAGGUUAUAGCAAUGAAAGGUUAUGUUCAAGGAAGUUCUACUCUGAGCCAUUGGAAUUAAUGGACCUAACUUAGGCAUGUUCUUUAAUUUCAAUGGGCCGACUUGAAGUAGGUCUAACAUUGGAUACACCACAGAGUUGGUUUAGGCUGGAGAAGGGACAACUGAAGGGAGAGAGGAGAGCACUCUUUACAUCCAUGGAGGGCUGUCAAUUGGAAGAUGGCAAAGAAUCAUCCUUUGCUGCCCCAGAGGGGAGGAGUGGGUCUUGAGGCUUAAGUUGCACUAGGGUAGAUUUGGAUAGAACACUGGGAGGCAAUUCCUGAUGGCAAAAACAGGGGGAGAAUGGACCCAAUCCCAACAGAGUGGUAUUUUGGAGUGAGAGAAAGUCUGCCCCUUUCGAUAGCCACAUGCUGGGGACACUUUAGUUUCAAGUUGCUGGACUAAAUGCCUUCCAGUCCCUCUCAGCUCUCAAAUUCUGUGAUUCCUGCCUUCUUCAUAAAGAAGAUCAUAGCUGGCCUCUCAGAGGAAUGAAUCCCCUGCCCUUUUCUUUCUCCUCACAGAUGUAGAGGCAGCUACUAUGGCCGAAGAAAACUGA